GUUUAAGUGUGGAAAGUCGUCAGCAAAUUGUUUUUCUGCUGUUGAUGACAUAUUUUGCAAUGGUUAUGACAGCACCUACAACAACUCAAUCGACAACAACAUCAGUGAACAAAGACACUUUAGAGAAUCCAAGUUUGACAUCAGCCAUUGUUGCAAGCACUACAGAAGUUGAGCCAAUUAUUGUCAAAGCAUCUCAAAAAAAUGCUUCAAAUGUCAUGGAUGGUGAAAAAUUGAACUCAACUAAUGAAAUGUUACCGUCACCGCUAGCAUUGUCAAGUGAAAUCAUUGACACAAUUCCAAAAGGAGACGGAAAUAAAGAUGAUAACUUAAUGAAAGAAAAAUCAUAUACGACGACAAUGUCAACAACGUCGAACGACAAUUUAAUUGGCGCAAAAUUGCUGACAGAAGUAACAAUUUUGAAAAGUAAUGAAACAUCAUCACCGCCACCCCCUCAAAUGCCUUCCAGCAUAGAAAAAAAGAACAAGACAAAGUUUUUUGAAUUUACAACAAUAAUUCCAACUCCAAUGGCGACCAACAAUGAAAAUAAAUCAAUUAAUUCUGAUGAAAUAUUGCUUGAGAAUGAAACCAAACCCGAUGUGAGCACGGUCAGUACAACUGUCGCAUUUAAUGACACACCCGAAGCUACAACUCUCACAACAACAACAAUUGAAAUGCCAAUUAAAGUCGAUGCAGAUAAUUCAAAAAUAAUGGAGAAUGAACGUGAUUUUCCGGAAAGAACGACAAUUGAAGGUAAAAAAGGAAAGUUAAAGGAAAAUAAGAAGAAAGCUAUGAAAACUGGAAACGACAAAAAGCACAAAAUGAAACAAAAAUUAUUAACUGAGAUAAAUCAUUCGACGAUCGUGCCAACAACUAAUGAACCAAGAAAUCUUGAACUCAAUGAAGUAACUUCGAUCAAAACAGCACCGACAACUAUAAAGUCAACAACACUAACAACGAUUAAAAGUUUUGAAAUGCUAGAAACGGAAAAUGUGACACAACCAGUUGAGGUUUCAACUGCUGUGACCACCACAGAAUCUGCUGUGAAUGUUAAUUCAGCAACAACAUCAACAAUGAAUAGUGAAGAAAGUCAUCAUCGCAAUGAUAAUGUCAUCGUUUUGAACACAAACAGCAGUGGACUUAUUGUUGUUGACAUCAUGGAAGGUUUCGGUUUAGAAAACUCAUCAAACACUGAAACCUUUGAAAUCAAAAUGGAUCUCAUUGAUGAUGUUACAACAACUGAAGAAGCUCGUACAGAUAAAUCACAAAUAAUGAAUGAAAUGCAAAUAAUUCUUCGUGAUGAUAUUUUCUUAACGACAGUUGAAACUCCAACAUCAUCGAUUGAUGGCCGUCGUCAAAGUUCAUCGGCAAUUGAUUCAACACCAUCACUUACCACAACUAAUGAUGACAUCAUUUUGAUAAAUGAAAAUGCUGAUACGACAACAACUUCAAGUGAAUCAUCAAAUGUUAAUCGCAUUAAAUGGAAUCAAGUAAAGAGUGAUGGCGAUAUUAAGAUAACAUUUGAUAAUAUUGAUUUACCAAAUCAGAAGGUGAAUGUGUCGAUUGAAAAUGGUGAAUUAGUUAUUGACAGUAUUGACAUUAGUGUGUUGAAUAAAGCGGAAGAAGAAAUGAAGAAGAAAAAUAAUUUUAACAUGUCGUCGUCGUCGUCUACGAAAUUGAAUAAAACAGCAGAUUCGUUGGAAAUAAUUCUCAUUGAAGAUGACAGUCGACAAGAGUAUGAAAAGCCAAAAGAAUCACUCGCUAAUCAGGAGAAUGACGAGAAUAAUUUACAAAUAACAUCGACAGAGACAAACGAGAGAUUACAAGCGACGACAAUUCUUUUUGAACAGCCUCCACCGCCACCUCCACCAUCAUCGUCAUUAUCAUCAACAGCACAGAAGCUUGGAGAUCAUUUAAGGAAAAUCGAAAUGAGCGGAAGUGAUGAUGAAGAUGGAAUUAAGAUUAAGACAACCGACAAAGAUUCGGACACGAUUUUCUACAUCUCAAACACGGAAGUGAAAAUGAUUGAGUCGAUACCGACAUCGUCACCGAACGUGAGUUCAGGAAAGAAAUAUUAUCCAGCUAUUUAUGAAGAAGACGUUAUCGUUGAUGUUCCCAAUAAAAAUCAUACAAAUGUUGCGACAGCUGGUGAUAAGUAUGAAGAAGAUAUCGUGUUAUCGCCACUUACAAGCGAUUUCGAUCCGAAAGAUAUCAACUACAUAGGCGAGGCUUUCUUGGAUGUCGAAGAGUCAUCACAAAAUGGUGUAAGCGUGUCUGAGAAUCGACACAUAAUUCCCCUCACAUCCGACGUUGUCAUUCAGCCAGUUCAACUUCGUGAUUCGCCACCGAUUGGCAUUCCAAUCAUCGGUGAACUUCCGCCACAAAUAGAACUCGAAGAAAUGGUUUUCAGUGAUGACUAUGAAAAUAAGCAACAAUCAACUUUCCAUGUUGAAGAAUUUUAUCCAAAUUUUUUAAGCAACCGUCUCGUUAAGAAUCAACUUGAAGCAGAUGUGCCCAGAGAAGUAAUUUUCGACGGAAAAAAUUCUACGUUAUUACCCAACCGAACAACUCACAUCACUAUUAACACAAUGAUUAAUGGCACAAAUGUAACAGCAUUAACAAGUCCUUUCUCCAACGCAACCGCUUAUCUCAGCUUAGAAAAUGACGACAACGAAAACGCAGAUCUGAACGAUAUUCAAACUCUGCUCUUGGCAUGUUUUGCCACCCUAAUGCCGCUCUUUCUUUGCGUCAUAAUUGUGCUUACAAUAAGAUACUGCUGGUUAAAGCAUCGUCGACAAGGUUCAUCGGGAGAUAUGAUGAGCGAUAAAAGCACCGAUCCCCUGGCUGAAAAGACUGUCGCAUCAUCAGUAGAUGAGUUGAAGCCUUCUGAAUCGGGCAUGACAUUGGAUCGAGGUGGUGAUAUGCAAGCAAGUACUGAAUUGCUUCUUGCUGCCAACGGUGACAUAACACCAACCAAUCAUAGCGGUACAAAUGGUUCCAUCAUCACCAUGACGCUGAAAAAUAAUCAUCUCAUCGUUGAGACUGAGGAAAGAAACGAUAUUUCUCGUGAUACACGUGAGACAAAGAUGCACUACUCACCAUCAGAUAAAGAUGGAGUUUUCAUUGUUGAAUCAGCAAGAGGUGCUGAUCAGAAUGGAAGUCAUAAACCAUCACCAUUACUACAAAAGCCAACAGAAGUUCCUUUAGUCAUUCCAGAUGAAAUUAAAAUUGAUACAUUGCAAAGUCAUUUCACUCCAAGUUCACCAGAAGAAGAACACAAACAGCCAAAGCCAGAACAAGUUGAAGUUCAUACACCACCAGCUGAGUUGAAAGAAGAUUUGAUUCGUAAAGAGCCUGAACCCGUUGUUAUUUGUAAUGGAACAAAAACCGGCUUAUCACAGUCUGAUCUCAGCUUGACAUCGUCGAACAGCUCAAACCAGAAUUACACGUAUGGCGACAAGGAAAGUUAUCAGUAUGAGGAAAAAGGUUACAAAGGCUCGUCACCCAAGAGAAUAAUCAACGUUCAUUGUCAUGACUUGAAGCCUUUGAUAGAAAAUAGUCCACCGACACAAAAUGACGAUCACAACAACAAAGCGAUUAUCACGUCAGCUAUUCUUAAAAAUGACUCUCCAAUUGAUGACGACGAUCACAACACUCCCAAUUCUGAUAACGUCAUGAAUGAUGAGAAUUGCAACGAUGCAAUUAUUCCGCCUCCUUACACAAAACUUGACUGCAAUGGAGAAUUAAACAUGGAUAGCUUAUCGUUCCUUCCAGCACCACCCGAAGAACUUUCAAAUGAACAGAACAUAUUGGAACUGACGUCAAUGGACUCACUUCCACCACCACCACCCGAAAUGACGGAGUUGACUCAAAGUU